AUUUUUUCAAGCCAUUAGUCAAAAUAGUUUGCCAGAUCGUAGUAAGUUGAUCGUGCAGGGAGAAAACAGCGCUUUGGUCUGUAUUUACAUCUUUUCCCAUAAGCUUUAAGAUGUCCUCAGGUAAGGUUACAUCGUUAUAUAAGAUCAAAGUGUCGUCUCCGCAAUCCAUAUUUUCGGUAUUUGCUUCUGCACGUGGCAACGUUGCAUUCACCAGCUGGAGAGAUGGAGAUAGCUGCUCCUCAUCUUGAACCGGCAAGGUUCGAGCAUGGAUCGGUGUCAUCGGCGAUCGAGAUUCUCUCUCUCACCGAUUACGACGUGAGGAAGAGUGAGAAGCGCCAGAGCGGGAACGGCUUCUCGAUUUCGAAAUCGAUCGACGCGGCAUGCGGCGACGGUACGACACGCUUGGACUGCGUGUGUGUUCUGAGCGACGCCUUUGUCGUGACAAACGACUAUGGGUUGAAUAAGAAGUGGACGGAGAUCUUGAAUUGCGACGAUUAA